GUUCUAUGAUUCUACCACAGAAACAAUUCUAUAUUUAUUUUAUUCUUGGCAUAUUUCUAAAAUGCACUCUCCUGCUGCCUCCUCAGUUAAACAGGUAAUUCUUCAUUGCAAGAAACUGAUCACACCAUGAAAAGAGAGGGGAAAUACUUGUGCACACCUCUGGGCAUCCAGGCAAAUCACCUACAGCAAACAAGCAGUUUGCUUUUCUCCAUUAUGUUAAUUACGUUCCUGUUUCCAAGGAUGGUGCCAGCGACACAAUUCCCCAAAACCUUGCCUUGUGAUAUGGUUGCUGGUAGCGAAUAUUUGCUAGCAAAUUGCAGUGAGCGUGGCCUCAUAACAUUCCCAACAUUCCCAGAAGAAAUGUCUGCCAACAUUACUAACCUGACACUCGCCAUUAACCACAUCCCAAUGAUUGCCCAAAGCUAUUUUAACAACCUCAAGAAUCUUCUGGAAAUUGAUUUCAGGUGCAACUGUGUGCCUACCAUGUUGGGGCCAAAAGACAAGGUGUGUACCACGAUUCCCCAAAUCAAACCCGGCAGUUUUGCCAAACUCUACAAACUAAAAUCACUGUAUUUAGAUGGAAAUCAACUCUCCACCAUCCCUCUGGAUCUGCCUUCAAAUCUGCGUCUUCUAAGUCUCGAAGCAAACCACAUUUUUAGCCUCAAUAAUUUGUCAGGACUUAGCAACCUAGAAAGUCUUUUCCUUGGUCAGAACUGCUAUUACCGCAAUCCUUGCAAUGUUUCCUAUAGCAUUGAUGCAACAGCAUUUCAGGCCCUUGGGAAGUUAACUGUGUUAUCCUUAAAAGCUAAUAACAUAUCAAAAGUCCCACAGAAUCUGCCAUCCUCCUUAAUGGAACUUUACCUUUACAAUAACAUAAUUCGGAAUAUUAGUGGGGAUGAUUUAGCCAGCCUUCAUAAUUUGAAAAUCCUGGACUUAAGUGGCAACUGCCCUCGCUGUCACAAUGCCCCCUAUUACUGUGUGGAAUGCAAAGGUCAGGCAAGUAUUUUUAUUAAUUCCGGUGCUUUUGACUCCUUAACACAAUUGGAAGUUCUGCGGCUGCACAGCACCUCCCUUCGCAGAGUGGAUCCAAAAUGGUUUAAGAAUACUAUGAAUCUUAAAGUGCUUGAUCUCUCACAGAAUUAUUUGGCUAAAGAAAUUGAGCGUGCUGUCUUUCUGAAGUCUCUUCCUAACCUUGUAAGCUUGGAUUUGUCUUUCAAUUUUGAUCUGGGGUCAUAUUCCCAAUAUCUGAAGCUACCAGAGACAUUUUCUACUCUUACCAAUCUGCAAUUUUUAGGGUUGAGGGGUUUCAUUUUCCGGGAACUGGAUAACCAUACUUUACAAAAUUUGAUUCCUCUACAAAAUCUUAGUGUGCUGGAUUUUGGGACUAAUUUCAUCAGGAAUGUUGAUGUGUCUAAGUUCAAAAGCUUCCCAGCUCUUAAAGUUAUAAAUCUUUCCUUCAAUAAAAUAUCUCUCAUUUCAAGUGGAUCCAGUGGUAAUUUAAACUCUCUUCCAAAGCAUUCAUUAGUUGAAAGUAAUAGUGUGCUGAAAGAUAUGCAUUACUUCAGAUAUGAUGAGUAUGGCCGAAGUUGCAAGUGCAAAGACAGAGAGGCUGCUUAUCCAUUGCCUUUUGCCAGUGACACUUCUUGCAGCAGCUAUGGAGCAAUGCUGGAUUUGAGCAGAAACAACAUGUUUUUUAUCAAGCCCUCUGAUUUCAAGGACCUCACUUUCCUCAAGUGCCUCAACUUGUCUGCUAACGCUAUGAGCCAAACUCUCAAUGGAACUGAAUUCAAAUAUCUUUCCAACUUGAAAUAUCUGGAUUUUUCUAACAACCGGAUUGACUUGCUAAAUUCAAAUGCCUUUAAAGAGCUGGAAGAACUAGAAGUUCUCGACCUCAGUGAUAAUAGUUACUAUUUUAAGGCAGAAGGCAUCACUCACAUGUUGGGCUUCAUUGGUAAUCUUAUUAAUCUCAAAACGUUGUUCAUGAACGGGAAUGAGAUUUCUACAUCCACUGAUAAAGGGAUGGCAAGCAGUUCACUCAAAACUCUGGAAUUUAGAAAGAAUCGCUUAAAUGUUUUAUGGCAGGAUGGGAAUAAAGAAUUCUUGUCCUUGUUCAAGAACCUGACCAACCUAAAGACUCUUGACAUUUCUGAAAACUCUUUAACCUAUUUGCCUUCAGGGGUUUUUGAGAACUUGCCUUCCAAGCUCAAGGUGUUCAUAUUGGCACGUAACAAAAUGAAGAGUUUUAACUGGGCAAACCUUCACCUUCUGGAAAACCUAAAAACCUUGGAUCUUAGCGACAACCAGUUGAGUACAGUCCCCCGUGAGCUGUCCAACUGCUCCAGGGGCCUGGAGAACCUCAACAUGCAAAACAACAGGAUUAGAAAACUGACAAAAAACUUUCUUCAAGGUGCCUACCAGCUGAAACAUCUAGAUCUCAGUUUUAACAAAAUCAAAACACUUAGUAAUUUCAGCUUCCCCAAGAAUGUGAUUGACAAGCUAGACACAUUAGUUUUACACGGUAAUCCUUUCCGAUGCGACUGUGAUCUUGUGUGGUUUGUCUCAUGGGUCAACCGGACAAACGUGACUAUUCCUUUACUGGCAACAGAUGUGACAUGUGCAGGCCCAGGUGCAUGGAAAGGUAAAAGUGUGGUCUUCUUGGAUCAGAAUACCUGCGAGCUGAACUAUUCUUCGAUCCUGUACUUAAUGACUGUCUCGGUCAUCAUGUCUCUGAUGCUGGUCACAGUGAUGAGCCACUUGUAUUUCUGGGAUGUGUGGUACAUCUAUCAUUUCUGCACUGCCAGUUUGAAAGGAUAUAAACGCCUCUCUUCGUCCAAAGCUAUUUACGAUGCUUUCAUUGCUUACGAUAAGAAAGAUGAAGCUGUAAAUGAGUGGGUCCUAAAAGAAUUACUUGAAAAGCUGGAAGAUGGCAGAGAGAAACGAUUCAAGCUAUGUUUGGAAGACAGAGAUUGGCUACCAGGGCGGCCGGUCCUGGAAAACCUUUCUGAGAGUAUACAAGAGAGCAGAAAAACUAUAUUUGUGCUAACAAACAGGUAUAUCUCGAGCGGCAACUUCAAGACAACCUUUUACUUGGCACACCAGCGGCUCGUGGAUGAAAAAGCUGAUGUAAUCAUCCUGGUGUUCCUUGAAAAGGUUUUGCAAACCUCAAAGUAUCUCCGCCUCAGGAAAAGAUUGUGCAACAGGUCCGUCCUUGAAUGGCCAACUAACCCUCAGUCUCAGUGGUAUUUCUGGCAGUGCCUGAGAAAUUCACUAGCAGCAAACCAUGACUUGAGCUAUAACAAGCUUUUUAAAGAGAUGGUAUAGCUUGGUCACAUUCUACAACAACGUUCUGUAGGUUAAAGCCACACUGAACCAAAUGAACGGAAUGAGGCUCAAUCUCAGCCUUUGCACCGGGCGAAAUUUUAAAACAUUUGAAGGAAUACCAGCAGCUCAUGGAGCAUUCAACACCUACUGCUGGAAUAUAGGAAGCUUAGCUUAUUUGAGACAAGUGCUGCAAAGGAAGCCUAGUUUGUCAACUGAACUUUCUAGAUACUAAAUGUUGGGAUAUGCUAGGAGGUUGUGGCAGAUUUGUAACCAGCCCUCCUGGCACCUUCCUGGAGUAUUUCCACCUGUCUGGAAUGGGUUCUUGAACUCUGACAAUGCCUCUUGCUUGCUCAGAUGGAGGCUGGAUGUGUGUGUUAUGCUUAGGAGCUAACCUACUGUUUGAAAGGUAGAAUGCGCACUCGUUGCUCUGCCCAAUUUUGCCUUUGGCCCCGCCCACCAAGGGCACACAGCCCCCAGAAUAUUGCCCAGAAGGGAAUGUAGACCCUCAAUUAAGAUAAUCAAGGCAUGUACAUCUAAGCUCCUAUAUAGGCCUCUUCUCAGAGGGGGCCACUUCCACUUCCAGCCUUUCAGACCACUAGGCAUAAGAAAAAUAAAAAUGGUGAUAUGUGAAAACAAAAAUAAGACAUAAAGCAGAGUGUUUUGUUUACAUAUUCAGCUGGUCUGAGAGUACCUAUUCACCAUGGUCUAAUCCAGGGGUCUGCAACCCGCGGCUCCGGAGCCGCAUGUGGCUCU